AUGAGCGCCCUACAAUCCCAGCCGCUCAGCGCCGGCGGCCAGUUCAACUGGGUCUUCCUGAUUGAGAUCCUGGUCGUGGGCAUCCUCGGCCUGUUCUUCCUCUUCUACUUCAAUCGCCUGUUCGCUACCCUGGUGUCCUAUGGCAUUCGAAUCUACACCUGGAACAAAUACAAGGCUUACAUCGACAUUGGAGCACUACAGAUCAGUUUACUGGGAGGGCGGCUGUUCUUCAAGAACAUCCGAUAUCAUGCUCACAAUGUAACGGUCUUCGUAUACGAAGGACACGUUACGUGGCGAUACUGGCUUCGUUUGGUUCAAGAGGCAGAAGUGUUCCAAGACGAUGAGGGCGUUGAGAGGUCCAGCGGACGAGAUUCAAGCAUCUCGGGCAGUGACAAGGAGGGAAAGGAUAUCAACGAGGGCGAAAAGAGCAAGGAAGGUUCGAAUGAAAAGCCUAGAGCAAGGGCACGAAGUCUUGGUAAAGAGGAAAAGGCUGGAGGGAAGCCAAAGAAGGAGCUGCCAUGCCGUAUAUCUGUGACAGUGUCUGGUGUGGAAGCGUUCAUCUACAAUCGGAGCCCUGUCUAUGAUGCUGUGGUGGAAGCUACAACAAGUCAGGCUAGGGAGGCGGCUAAAGCUGGCGAGAAUACUGCGCAGCCUACAAAGAGCCCGACAUCCUCUUCCCAAGGAAGCAGUGCCGACGAAGUGAAGUUUGGUGCCCGACCAGAACGAAUGGAGACCUACAACACUGGUGCGAGUGGCCCUCCGACCGAGAAACCUGAAGUCCCAUCUUUUCUGCACAUCUUCCCCAUCAAGAUCGAAUGUAAACGCGCAGCAGCAGCUCUUGGGAAUGAGAACACGAAGAACGUCAUCACCGCCAAAACCGAGAGAUCCGUGGGUACUGUUGACGCCGGACAUGCCGGGCCUUUAGAUCUGUGGAAAUUGCUCUUCAACUUCGAGAUUCAGAAGGUCACGGUAGCCAUGAAGCCCAAUCGCGAUUUCAAAGAGCAGCAGCUGGAUGCCGCGCGGCGCAUUCUGAAGGAAAGAGAGCAGGAAUUAGAAGAAAUGAAACCACCACUGCGCGAAACGACUGAGAAGGCGCAGACUUUCUUGAGCCGUAUCUUGCGGUUCUUUCGUCGACGAGGCAGCUCUACUGAAUCCCUUCGCACUGCUUCGCUAAAGUCGAGGUCCAAGUCGGUCAUUGGACAACCAGGGGGUAGUCCACCGUUGGACCAACUACCCGGCCAGGGUCAGUGGCAUGGCUUAAUGCGCUAUCUGGAUGAUGGUGAGAUUAAUGAUCAUGAAGAGUGGCAAGACGUAGAAUAUGCCAAGUCAUCCGAGCUUGUGAACUGUGACAAGAUCACGAUGCGCUUCUAUUGGGAUAUGCCGGGGCCGGUGCCAAAUGGAUUCGCCGACAAUGAUACCCUUUUGGGCUCUCAACACGAUGACGAUAUCAAUGGCACGGUACCACCGGACUACGGCAUGGACUUGGGCAUAUAUGGUGGUUAUGUCGUCUAUGGACCUUGGGCGGACAGACAGCGCCUCAAUCUUCAGCCGAUCUUCGUGCCGGCGACGUAUGUCGAUGCUACUCCAGCAAAUCCGCUCAAGCCUGGGGAAGUGCGCGUCUGCACUGUCUUCAAGAUCAAGGUCAUCGUCGAGGACGAUGUGGUCCUGCGGAUUCCAGCCCGUGAAGAGUCAAAAGACACCAAGUGGAAAGGGCGCGCCGAAAAAGCUAAUCCGUCCGCAAGCAAUGGCAACGAUGCCACUCAGGGAAAAGGCGGACACUGGAGAAGGCGUCGACAUCACAUGCGCGGAAAAGCUAACAAGAAGGGCACUGCCACCGUGGAUGCUCGACCAUACGGUUGGAUCGACAUCACUGUCAAGAAAGACUCGGUGGUGAACUUCAACAUGGACAUGUAUGCACGUCCUACUGGCUACCGCAACACCCUGGACCUGGACGUGAAAGGUGUCGAGAUGUCCAGUAGCGUCAACCAUGGCCUUCUCUGGAAGUCUGGCCCGUUAGUCCUGGACGCGGACAUCUCGCAGCCUUGCACUUGGAACAGUCUGAGGAAGUGGCCUUUCAACGUCGUCAUAAACGAUAUGGAACUGUUCAUUCUUCGUGAUCACCUUUUCUUGAUCAUCGACCUCGUCAACGACUGGGCGUCUGGAGCGCCAUCCGACUUCUACACCUUUGUACCAUACAACUAUCAGCUGGACCUGACCUUCAAGAACUUUAUAAUGUACCUUAAUGUGAACGACGCCAACAUCAUCAAUGACCCCGCCGACUUUGUUCGCAACGACUAUCUCACGAUCGAGGGACAACUGCAUGCUAUCCUUGGUAUCCCAAUGGAAAAUUACCGACCAUCCCGCAAUCAGAUCUCGUUCGAUGUCCUAGCGCAGGAUUUGAAGAUGAGAAUGAUCAGUCCUCCUAGGAGCACCUUCAGUGCUUUCGUCGAGGACAAGGUGAUGGCUGAGCUGCCCAAGCUCACUCUGAACGGAUCAUACAAUGCCAACCAGGAGAUUCGGGUUGGCAAUGUCGAUGUUCUCCGAAUGGACAUCGUCGGUACAGGCCUGUCACUGAAGGCUUACGGCUUUUUCGUCCGCCAGCUGGUGAGCAUCAAGGAGAAUUACUUCGGCGACUACAUGCAUUUCAAAACUCUCGAAGAGUUCCAGGCGGCCAGUGAUGAUCUGGAAGAAGCAAAUGCAAAGACUGCAAGUUUCCCGAAACCGACAUCCAUCAACGAGCUGGACGUCAUCUUGUGCAUUGUUGCCGAGGACGCCACCGUCAUGUUUCCCACAAACAUGUACUCGUGCAAAGAAUUUGUUCGGGCUGAGUUACCUCGUGCUGAUCUCGACUUGCGGAUUGUCAGCUACUACCUUGAUAUGGGUCUGCAGCUGUCGCCGUUGAGCUUUUUGACAGGCUCUUCAGCGCCGGAUGAGGACGACGUGCCAGGAGAAUCGCCCACCCAAUUCUUCGUCAAACAUGUCGACUUGAAUGGCCAUCGCUCAUUCGGUCUGCCACCCAACGAAGAAGCAUACGUGAGCCAGUGGGAUAUCGACGUUGGCAAGAUCACUGGAGAGCUUUCGAGUCAGUUCGUACGAGACCUUGCAUUGGCUGGGCGAGCAUUUGCAUUCACUAUCGGUGAUGUGGAGAAUGCUCUUCCAGUCCAUUCGCCUGCCAUUGCCCUCGAUGCAUCAUUCGUACAGGUGCGCACUGAUACCGUACGGCUUUGGAUGCACGUUGGAAAAGAUGCUCUGUUGCUUGACCUCGAGCCGGUGAAAGUCGAGACCAAUGACUGGGCAAGUGCGAUGUUCUCCCAGCGGGUCACCGUCCUUGCGCCGCUGAUUACCGUCGCAUGCGCGGACGGUAGGAGUGCGUCGCGACAUAGAGCACGCAGCUGGCGAAAGGAUCCUGUUCGAACAUAUGCCUUCCUGCAGACUGGUGUGUCGUUGGAUGUGGUAAUUCGCAAAGCACAUUUCGAUCGGGAGACGAGAAGACAGCAAGCCCACUUUCGACUGCACGAUCAGCGUACAGGCAGGUUCCCUUUUCUCAUACGGCCCGACAUUGAUGCUCCCAUUGACCCUGAAGAUGACAUCCACUUCGAACCUCCGGCAUCACAGUACCCGUACCCACCGCCUCCAUUGACGCGGACAAGUGGCGUCCGACGGCAGGCUUCGGUGAAAUCAAUAUCGAGUGUUCCCAGAGGGCGGCGCUUACUCUCCAAGAGCUCGUCAUCGUCUCUCUCAGCCUCAGUCAAGAGUGGGCGUGCCGCGAUUGUUGGCAAACCUCGUCCUGUGUUCUUGUCUUGCCCGACUGAGAAGACGGAGAGCUCGUCCUCAUUUUACAGUCCAGCAGCGCCCGGCAGUCGAUCAACAAGCCCUGACUCUACGCGCGAGAAGCCUCACAACAGGCUGACGAAUGACGCCGAGCGAGCCAAGUUUGGCCUCCCCUCUUCCACCAUGGCCUUCUCAAGUCCCUACUCGGAGCCCUACUUUCCCUUGGAGCUGGUCGAGCCGGACGAGACGAACGUGCCUCCUUUUUGUGCUGUUGAAGACAAGGACGGGACUCAAUCUGAGACUUCGUCAAUAUCAGAUGUUAUACUGGAUCCAGAUAUCGAUCCUGACGCGGAACAUGUCACGGUCAUGAUCAAGAUUGUACCUGGCAUACGUGGUUAUGUGGAGCCUCGGGCAGCCAUCACAGCGUCGAAACUGAUCCGCAAAGUGGCACCAAAACAUCCUAACGAAGUGAUGGAUGCUUUCCAAAUGAGCGUCAUUGGAGCGAUUUUGAGCCAGCAGGCUGCCAAAAGUGCCAAAAGCAAGAUCGUGGAGAUCCAGGCCAGUCUGGCAGCCGCCCAUCUGCGCGUCGUGGCCCUCGACGAGAAGAAAGAUGAAAUCGCAGAUCAGAUCGAUCUGAAGAUGAAGUCUCUGGAGACAUUUGUGAGAAUCCGCACAGAGCCUUCUGAUAUCGGCGUGCAUCAGUUACUGGCUUUGCACACAAUGCUGGCAGGGCUUGAUGUUUGUUUACGAGAACGUCAAGAUGGCGUCCUCGCAAAACCGGCAGUAGGACUCGGCGUUGACGAUGUGCUGGUCUGGCUAGCGCUCACCAGCACCAAUGCUUUCCAUAUAUCGUUCCGCGACACAUCCUUGGCGGUUUCUGGAGAGCAAACGAGAUACCUCAGCCUGCUCGCCCUGAAGCUUAUACCUGUGAUAACCGACAUCAAGUCACGUUUCGAAGAGGUCCUUGCCAACGACUUGAAACGUAUUCAGUACCUGGUCUACGUCCUCACCCACAACGGACAAGAUGUCGGGGACCCUCCUUUCCUGACCCGGCUUUUGUUUGUUUUGCGCGCCUAUCCAGGACAUGUCCGUAACACGGACUCGUGGAAUAUUCUGGCGCGGUUCCGAUACAUAUUGCAGAGUUUGUCACCAGAUGUCUUAGCGGACCUCACGGCCGUGAUCAAGCAGACCCAUCCAAAAUGCCCAGAGGAUGCUCCCCGUCGAGUGCUAGACAGCUGGGCGCAUUGGCAGAGCUGGGACGUCCACAUCAACCAGACCAUGGUGUUCAAGAUGCUCUUCAGCCCCGAGGAUAUCAAGACAAUGGACCCCUAUCAAGCCAAAGCGACCACUUUGACAUUCAGGUCCGAGUCUUUCAGAAUCGCUCUUGAGCACGCGAAAGGAAGCAGUGACAUCGUGCUGGAGGAGACUACGCUAGGCGUAGAGAACACCCCUCCCAAGAAGCCCGAGGGUCUGAUGCUUGUCGAAGAGAACACGAGGACGAGAACUGCGCUGCAGAUGCACACGAGUACGAUCGCCUUUCUGCUCGACUGGGGCCUAUUCCACAUUGCAGAAGAUGUUAUAGCCCUGAAAGAUCGCAUUGACGACAUCGCUGCUUCGCUUGAGAGCAAGCGAAAACGGACCGCCGGCCAGGCAUUGGAGGACGGACUUUCCCGGCAUGACAUUCACGCCACGCUCUCGACUGAUACUGGUAGUGUCACACUGCAGAGCAUCAAUCUCCGCCAUGUAUCUCGCGCAGAUGGAUUGAAGAUGACCGUGAUUGGAACGAAUCAAGCGCAGCAUGAGACGAUCGGCCAGGCGGUCAGCGCCACUCUCAACUUUGACACUGCCAUCACCGAGCUGCACGGUCCCACAGCGCCCAUAUGGCAGACGUUGCUUACCUCGCCAAGUCUGUACGUCGAUCACAUCCUCCCUGCGGAUGGCCUCCAGAUACCACCGACUGUGACGGUUGCGGUCGCAUACGAUGCACUGCAGAUCAUCAUCAGUGAACAAGUCCCUGGGAUUCUCCACAUUGUCGAUUCGGUGAUUUUGGAUGAGGUUGCAAAGUGUCAGCGCCUGGCUGAGAUGGCACAAGGACCACCACUGCCAGCAUCUCCCCCUCUCAGUCGGACUACUGAUACUACAACAGUCUCCCGAGCCAGCACCGGAGCAUCUCUGCCUCCCAAACUUCAUGUGGCUGUCUUGUCCGGCAAGCUGCAUCUGGAGGUCUCUUUGCUGUCAACACUUAGCUUUCUGCUUGAAGGAAACGGCGCCAGCGUUCGCGUUGCACCGAGCCUGACCAAAGACAGGAUUUUCAGCAUCGACUUCGAUGUGGGCGUCCAGCAUCAUGCUUUUGUGAACACUUCUGCCAAUGAGAGACAUGUCCAGGGACUUUUGGAGGUGCCACCCAUCAACGGACACGUUGGGUUGGAAAUCGGCAUUGAUGAAACAGAUGUCGCUGUGGCUACGACCAUCGAGAAGAUUGAGGUCGAUGCAGCCGCAAUUCAAGGUGUUCUGGGCGUUCUCAACCGGCCUGAAGUCCAGAACGUCAUCACUGCCAUCAAAGGUGGCGUUGAAGAUAUUAGAGGUCAUGUGGUGGUCUUGUUUCCUGAAGAUCACACGCCGAAGCCAAAGCCAGACCCCAAGAAGCAACAGCGUGUUGCUUACGACGUUCGAUUUGCAUUGCUGGGAGUCAGAGUCUCUGCGAGCACUCCUCGAGUUCUGGGACGCUCCACAGCCGAAGUCGAGUUUGGAAUUGGGCCGUUGCAUGCCACUGCCUCGAAUCGUGCUGCCCCUGAGGAGAUCAUCCCCGACGUUCGAGCUCUUGUGCAAGACAUCGGUGCGAGCCUCAAGAUCAAGGAGAAUGGCAAGUUACGUCCUUGUGGAAAUGCAAUCAUGAGCAUCAGGUUGGACUUCAGCAACCACAAGGGCGACAAUGGUGACAUGGUUAGGGAGCUGAACCUGUGGAGUAAAGGCGUCGACGUGAAUGCCUACCCAGACACUGCUUCUACGGUUGUCGACGUUAUCAACCAUCUACAAGACAGGAUCAAGCAUCUGGAUCUCUCCAAGGAAGUCGACUACCUUCGCCGCAUCCGUGACGAGCGUAGACAGACUGUCAUUCAGAAAAUGAGCGGCAAGGAAAGCUGGACGGAAGACGAUGAGCUACCCUUCUCUCCGGAAGACCUACUCUCAAUCAAGACGACAAUAGAGAUCACCGACAUUCAAGCUGCAUGGAUCGUCGACAGAUCAUUUGCAGCCAACAGGAACGCGCCCGUCGAUGAUUUGGUCUUCUCCAUUGACAGCGUCGAAUUCACCACUCGCGGCGGCAACGAAGCUCGGCUGACGAUCACGGAGGUGCAGCUGCAACUUGCUAAGAAGAAGGAUGCCAAGCUGUCGCGCUCUUUGAAUUCAGCAUUGCUUCCUGAGGUGGGCUUUAGCGUGGGCUACUGGAAGACGGGCAGAUAUCGCAGUCUGACGUUCAAGGCUACUGGCAAGCCGCUCGACCUUCGCCUUGAGUCGAGAUUCAUCUUGCCGGUCAAUGCCGUACAGAGGUCGAUUGAACUUGCGAUUGCACAGUUUAAGAAGGGCACUGAGACAUGGCAGAGUACGCCCACAUCCACAGGAGCGCCAAGAUCGACGAUGAAGUUUGACACGAAACACAUUGGAUCUCUCCUUGUCGAGGCGGACUUCGCCGGCGCUCAGGUCUACAUGCAAGGAUCUGGUCGCCGCGAGCGCAGAGCGAGCCUGGCCACAGUGGCGACAGCUUCCCAGCAACAUGGCAGCCAGCAUGGGCGCUACGGCCAGUUUGCAGCUGACGGUGCGCUCAUGCAUACGACUUUAACUGCUCCUGGGAUUGGUUUCAAACUUGAGUACAACGCAAGCGAGACGCAACCGACGGUCAAUGCAGAGCUGAUGAUUGACGCAUCGUCAAAUAUGCUCUUGCCGAAUGUCGUCCCAUUGAUGCUCGAAGUAUCGAAUAGUGUGAAGGAGCUGGUGCGAAAUCAGAAGGACGACAAAGCACCCAUCAAGCAGGUUUCUGUGCCAGAGGCUGCGAAGCCUGCGCAAAAGUUCUUCGAGGAUGACUCCAUCAUCACUGCCACACCAGCUAAGAUUUUUGGCAAGACGAAAGUUGAUCUUGGUUUCCGCAUCGCCAAGCAAGAGUUCGGCCUGAGCUGUCAGCCCAUAGCAAGAGUUGAUGCGAAAGCAACGCUUGAAGACUUCUACGUCACGAUGAACACGAUCGACUCGGACGAGCAUGGCCACUUUUUCGCGGCGUCCGCCGUUAUGACUGGACUUCGAGCGCAGGUCAAGCAUGUCUACUCGCGCGAGCCUACUUUCAGCUACGACAUGGACUCAAUUGUGCUGUCUGCGAUGAACAACAAGCAUCUGAGCGGCACUCCAGGUGUUUCGGCUAUUCUGAACAUCAACCCGACUCGAAUCUUGAUCAACGGCAAGCAGUUCCAAGAUCUACUUCUUUUCAGGGAGAUCUGGCUUCCACCUGAGAUUAGAAAUGCUGCGGCUGCGGCGGGUCCAGCUCCAUCGGCAGUACCAUCCACGAGACCGGACGACUUUCUCGUGCAGCGGUAUCAGACCGUGGCGGCCGCUGCUGCGUUCCCUUGGAAUGCUACAGUCUCGAUUACGAAGCUUGCUGUUGAUCUGGAUCUUGGUCAGAGCAUUGGAAAGUCAUCGUUCACGAUCACCAAUUUAUGGGCUUCACAGCAGAAGUCGUCGAACUGGGAGCAAAAUCUCUGCAUCGGCAUGGAUGAAAUGGCUAUCAACAGUACUGGCCGUAUGAGUGGCUUCAUUCAACUAGGCAGGCUUGGCGUCAGGACCUCGAUCAAGUGGCCUGAAGGGUCGAGCCAGAGUUCAACGCGCAAGACGCCGCUGAUUCAGGCUUCACUUGGAUUCCAGAGACUACGAGCCAAGGCUGCUUUCGAUUACCAAGCGUUUGCGUUCGGUGAUAUCGAGAGUUUCGACUUCCUAAUGUACAAUGUCCGCGAUUCAUCAGGAAAGUCAGACCGCCUUGUGGCUGUGCUUGACUGCGAGAAGGCUUAUGUGUUCUGCACGUCGACGAGCCCUGCGCAGGCUGUUGGGCUGUAUCAGGCGUUCGAUCGCCUGAUUCAAGAGAAGCAGACGGCAUACGUCCAGUCAUUGCGAGACAUUGAGAAGCACAUGCGGCGCGAGAGUACUGUCGUGCCGACGAGAUUUGGACCUCCGAUACCGAACUCUCCCGUCAAGACCAAAGAGGAUAAGCGGAGCCCCAUAUCGCUGCACACAGAUGUUGUCGUUACGAUGGGUGCUAUCUGCUUUGGUGUCUACCCGAGCACGUUCUUUGAUAGCCAGAUGUUGAAGCUUGAGGCCAACAACAUCCAAGCUCGAUUCGCCGUAGGGCUCGAAAGGGGCAAGAUUACGAGUGGCCUUGGUAUGACGCUUGGGCAGCUUCAAGUUGGCUUGUCUCAAGCUCGCCGAGUGACCGCCGUUCCCAAGGCCCUGGAGGUGACGGUCGACGAAGUUAUCAAUAGCGCCAUCAACGCCAAAGGCGGCACGAUCCUUCGCGUACCCAAAGUCAUCGCAUCUAUGCAGACAUGGCAGUCUCCGGACAACAACAACGUCGACUACAUCUUCAAAUCCCUCUUCGACGGCAAAAUCGACGUCGGCUGGAACCUCUCCCGCAUCAACUUCAUCAAAGGCAUGUGGACCUCCCACUCCCGCGCGCUCGCCUCCCGCCUAGGAAAAUCUCUGCCCGAGUCCGCCGUCAAAAUCACCGCCACCGAUGAAUCCUCCUCGUCAUCAAAAGACAGCACCAACGACAAGCAGGAGAAAAUCACGGCGGAGAUCAAUCUUCCGCAGAGCAAGUACGAGUAUAACCCGCUAGAGCCUCCGGUCAUCGAGACGCCGCAGUUGAGGGAUAUGGGCGAGGCGACGCCGCCGUUGGAGUGGAUUGGACUGCAGCGUGAUCGGCUGCCGAAUGUUACGCAUCAGAUUCUGAUUGUGAGUUUGUUGGAGGUUUGUAGGGAGGUGGAGGAUGCUUAUGAGAAGAUUUUGGGGAGUUCGUAA